UGAACUUCCGGUAAGGACUGCAACGACAACUUUCUUUUAUUUGCCAGUAGAUGAUUAUUUGGCUUUAGCACAAAAAAAAUCUGUUUGAGAAUAUGUCAAAUUUGAAAUAUGUGUUCGUUAUUCCCGUCCUUGUCGCCCUGCUUGCUUAUUUUUAUCCAUCAGACUACGAUUAUGAAAACGAUAUGAACGAGAGACUUCAACAAAUUUUGUCAGGGUUACUCCGAGCAGAGAAAAAAAUCGCACAACCAAAGGCGAAAAUUGCAAUUGGUUUUGGUGGUUGCCGAGAUAUGUUUGUAGAUGGUCUUGCACUUUUAGAUGCUUUAAAAUUUGAGGCACCAGAAAACCCGGAACACUUUAUGUCCGUUGAUACACAGCAGGAGUUGACAAAGAUGAUGGCAUAUUUUUUUCAGCAUGGUGCUGCAGCAGAACGAUAUGUUGGAAAUGACACAUUAUUUAACCAGUUAACAAGAGCAGCUAAAACAAUACCUGGUUACAAAGAAGCUAUAGGUGGAAAUGCCCCUGCCAUGGCACAGAGACUGGCUCAGGAAGGUGCAGAAGUUCUGUUGGCUGCCAAAUUAUCAAAAGAUACCAGGAAGGCACUUCAUUCUAGUUUACAUGUACUUGGAGAUGUUCUAGAAGAGGAUGAUAUACAUUUAAUUUUAGAAUACAAAACAGGAGAUAAAUGGGGCAAAUUUACCUCUCCUAGAGCUAAUAGGUUUAUAGUUCACAGUGACAACAGUAAUCCUUUAUUGGAGACAGUAGAUGACUUAGAAAAGGAAAUCAUAAAGUUUGAUCCUUCUGUACUUGUUGUUGGUGGAUUACAAAUGAUGGAUAAUUUUCCUUUUCAAAAUGGUCAAAUGGAAUCCAGACUUGGAAAAUUGAGGUCACUAUUGGCAACUUUACCUAGGAAAAUUAACACACAUUUUGAAAUGGCUUCAUUCUCUGAUCCUGUACUGUUACAGAAAAUAAUUAGCACAGUAGUUGAGUAUUCAGAUUCACUGGGUAUGAAUGAGCAAGAGUUACCAAACCUUGUCAAUAUAUUACAGUAUGGAAAUGUUUCUCUCCUGUCUGAUGCCCACCCAAGAGUGGCUUCUGUUUUAGACCAAAUGAGACAAGUAUACAAGCUGUUGAAAGAUACAAAGGAAACUGAUGGAAAAAGAAAAUUAACACGUCUUCAUGUCCACACUCUUGCCUACCAAGCCAUAUUGACAACCAAAGGUUCCUCCUGGAAAAACACAAUGUCUGCUACAGCUAAAGCUUCUUUGACAGCUCAUCGACAUGUUUGUGGAUCAAACUACAUACACACACAAAAGUCUAAGCUAUUGUUGGAUGAUUCAUUCUCAUCUAGUAUAUCAUCUAGUUCCACGAGAAUUCCAGUACAUGAGAAACGUCCUGUGUCAUGUUGGGAUGAAGAUGAUUAUCAGAUUUGUGUUGCUCCUGUGUUGGUGUGUACUCAGGUAAAACAGACAGCUGGAGGAGGCGAUAACAUUUCAUCAGCUGGUCUGCUGGUACAAGUCAAUUAAGUUUUGAUUUUUAUAUUUGUUUUUAUUUUUAAAACAAGAUUCCACAAGAAAAUAUGUUGAAACUAAUUAUGUGUACUGCCAAGAUAAAUGUUAGCAAAUUUUUCAUUAUUUGAUGUACUUAAAAAUGGUGUGUAAAACUGAGAAGUUCCAUAAGCUAUAUCCUGGGACCACAUUGUAUCAGCUUUUCAUUGACGUAUAUACUUCACUGCAUUAUUUACUUAUUAUUUUGCACUGGUAGUAUACAUCUUAUAAAUAUCUCAAUAAAAUUUGUAUAUAAAUUUACAAAAAUGGAGAAAUUUUACAUAGAAGAAAACAUGGGUUUUACAAUGGUUUGUAGAAUCAGAAAUGUUAUCAUUAUAGUGUGUUUAUAAAUAUAUCUUGUAACUGAGUAUUACUUCUACUGAUAGUGCAAUGUUCACACUUAGGAAUUCGGUUUUAUACUUUUAUUGAUUUUGAAUCUUUUGCCUGACACCUCUAAAGUUAAGAAUACGCCUUUAUGAAGUUUGAUAAAUUCUUAUUGCAACUGUUUCAAAGUAUGCAAAAUUCACUGUUUUUAUACGCCCGUUUACGGGACGUAUUAUGGUAUACCGUUGUCCGUCUGUCCGUCCGUCGUCAACAUGUUGGACAUUAACUCAGAAACACUUUAACCAAUUUGCAUAAAACUUUGGUGAAUAGUUUAUGUCUAUUGACGUGAGCUCCCUUUCAUUUUUUAUAAAUUUUAGAUUUUACGUUUUCGAGUUGUGGGGUUUUAUUCAUUAAAAAAAGGGGGAUUUUACAGUUUUCGGACAAUAACUCAAGAAUGCUUUCACCAACUUGCAAGAAAUUGUGGUGAAUUGUUUUAUAUCUAUUGACAUGAGCUCCCUUACGAUUUUUAUAUAUUUUAGAUUUUACAUUUCUGAGUUACAGGGUUUUAUUCAUAAAUAAACUGCUUCGCUGAGCGCAACUGGAUACGCCCGCAGAGGUCCAACCCUGAACAGUUGGGGCAAAAAUGGACACAAUAUUCAAGCUUGAUACAGGUCUGAAUUUGGAUUGUAUUUAAAUAUUUGACAUAUUAUAGGUUUCUGAAUAAAUCUAGUCAAAGAACUUGAAAUUGGUUAUAUGAAUUGAAUUAUUUCUUGCUGUUGUGUAAUACACUGUGCUGUUGCGCAAUACUUAGUAAAUCUGUUUUCAGACUAUAAACAAAUAAAGUUCAAUUAAUUCUCAAUGUCAUAUUAGAAAUUUAUGAAAAUCAAAAGGGAGCUUACAUCAAUAGAUAUAAACAAUUUACCAAAGUUUCAUGAGAAUUGCUGACAGCAUUUUUGAGUUAUUGUCCGAAAACUGGAAAAUCCCCCCUUUUUUAAUGAAUAAAACCCCAUAACUCAGAAAUGUAAAAUGUAAAAUUUAUAAAAUUCUAAAGGGAGCUUACAUCAAUAGAUAUAAACAAUUCACCAAAGUUUCAUAAGAACUGCUGAAAGCAUUUUUGAGUUUUUGUCCAAAAACUGGAAAAUCCCCCUUUUUUUAUGAAUAAAACCCUGUAACUCAGAAACGUAAAAUCUUAAAUUUAUAAAAAUCAAAAGGGAGCUCAUGUCAAUAGAUAUAAACAAUUCACCACAAUUUCUUGCAAGUUGGUGAAAGCAUUCUUGAGUUAUUGCCUGAAAACUGGAAAAUUCCCCUUUUUUUAAUGAAUAAAACCCCAUAACUUGGAAACGUAAAAUCUAAAAUUUAUAAAAAAAGAAAGGGAGCUCACGUCAAUAGAUAUAAACAAUUCACCAAAGUUUUAUGCAAAUUGGUUAAAGCUUUUUUGAGUUAAUAUCCAACAUGUUGACGACGGACGGACAACGGUAUACCAUAAUACGUCCCGUAAACGGGCGUAUAAAAAGGGGGAUUUUCCAGUUUUGGGACAAAAAAUCAAAAAUGCUUUCAGCAGUUCUUAUGAAACUUUGGUGAAUUGCUUAUAUCUAUUGAUGUAAGCUCCAUUAAGAAUUUUAUAAAUUUUACAUUUUAUAUUUCUGAGUUAUUGGGUUUUAUUCAUUAAAAAAGGGGGGAUUUUCCAGUUUUCGGACAAUAACUCAAAAAUGCUGUCAGCAAUUCUCAUGAAACUUUGGUGAAUUGUUUAUGUCUAUUGAUGUAAGCUCCCUUUGCAUUUUCAUAAAUUUCUAAUAUGACAUUGAGAAUUAACUAAACUUUAAUUGUUUAUAGUCUGACAACAGAUUUACUAAGUAUUGCGCAAUAGCACAGUGUAUUGCACAACAGCAAGAAAUCUUUAAUUGAAUAUAAAUUCAAUUCAUAUAACCAAUUUCAAAUUCUUUGAUUACAUUUAUUCAGAAACCUAUAUGUCAAAUAUUUAAUACAAUCCAAAUUCAGACCUGUAUCAUGCUGGAAUAUUGUGUUCAUUUUUGCCCCAACUGUUCAGGGUUGGACCUCUGCAGACGUAUCCAGCUGCGCUCAGCGAAGCAGUUUAUUGGGUAAUGUUAUUGUAAUUUGAUGAAAGUUGUAUAAAAUAAUCUAAUUUGUAUGAAAGAUGAAUUUUAGGUCUGUAUAAAAAAGUGAUUUUGAUAUGAUAUAAACCUUUGUCCUAAAAGUUAGAAAACCAGAAUGUAUAAAACCAGGAUUUCAAUAAUUCCCAGAUUUCUCCUUUUAUGUCUUUAUAUCAAAAGUGUUGUAGUUUUAUGGGUUUUUUUUAACACUUUUACUUCUAAUGUUCUGGUAAAUUUCAAUCAAUUAGUAUCCAAAUGAAGAUUGUGUAUGAAUCAUUGUUUUUAAAACUUCCUAGUCCUUUGUAUAGAUUUGUUUUCAUUAUCAGUUUCUGGUCUCUUAUUAUUCAAUAUAUGUCUUAUUUUUGUCUUUUAUUCAUCCUGUUAUUAUUUUCAAUGUUUUUUAUUGUAACUUGUUAUAAACAUACCUCUCUUGAUGCUUAUUUAUAGUUUUUAAAAGUUUUUUUUUAUUACACUAUGCUCAGUGAAGAAAAAGUAUUAAAUUUAACCAUAUUUUCAGUGUCAAUCGUGGUGCUAGAUAAUCAAAAGAAAGGUGAAAAAUAAUUCAUCUUUUUUAUAAGUUUUUGUUUAUUAAUAAAUGUGUAUGAGAGUUGUUCCAAUAGGUUGUGACACUGUUCAAAGAUUUUUUUUUUCAUUUUUUAAGGCUUAUUACUAGUCUUUGUUUGGUUUUUUUUUAUAUUAAAAAGUGACAUCAUAACUUUAAAUUUUAGAAUUUUUAAAAGUGUUUCUAUAAAACUUCUGUAUCAAGUAUCACAAUUUAUUGGACAACAAUCAUAAGCCUGAUCCAGAAAUCCAUUAUCAUGUCAUAUUAUUGAAUAAAAUAACUGAUGAUGUGCAAAUUGUUUUAAUUGGUAGAUACCAAAUACAUAUUUUUCCAGUAAAAUGUUGAUUGAUUUGUAGUUACAUUUAUUUGGUAGCAUGAUUGAAUGUAUAGAAAUCAUAUUUUAAAAAAAAUCUUUGGAAGUAUUCAUUAUUUAAAUUGCAAGGACCAACCAACUUUGAGUCUUAGACGUAUGUUUUAGAAAUCUGUAAUUUUUAUUGAAUGGUGCAAAGUGUGUUAUGCUUUCAAAUAUUCCAAGCUUUUUAAGCAUUUGACCCGACCAAUACAAUUUUUACAUGAAAGAACAUUUUCAUCAAUUGUGUAUUUCAAGAAAAUUCCAAACAGUUCCUAAAAUUUUAUAUGGAAUUUCAGUCAACUUCAGUAAAUAAUGCAUCCAUGCUUUAAAUGCAUUUCAAAACACAACUUGAUGUUUAAUAUUUUGUGUUAAUUAGUUAUGUUAAAAUUAAUGUUAAGUUAUAUAAACAAUAAGUUAUGGUAUAAUUUUGUAGAUGAUUAGGUUUUUAGUACUUUGGGAUUAGAUAAAUAGUAAUUUUAUAGGUAUGCAAUGCACAAAUUUCAUGUUCAUAUAUUUCAUUAGUAAUUGUCACGGUUGUUGUCCAAUUUAUUAUUAUUACCGCUUUGUAAUAAAUAAAAUCUUUUAUUUUU